AUGGGCAAGAAAAGCUCUUUCACAGGUCCCACAGGGCCCUCGCAUCUGGGUCUUCUGGCACCUCCAAAAGUACCAUUGGAGAAGCAGUACGAGCGAAUGCCGCCAGGUGCUGCUGCAGAUGCUGCUGCAGAUGCUGCUGCCGAUGCGCUGGAGACGGGGGAGCAGCUGCUUGACCACGACCCCCAGACCCCUUCAGCGGAGAGGAAACAGCUUUCUACUGCUGCCCUUUCGGAAUUUUCGUCCCAAACAAGGCCUCCAGCGCUCAGGGAACAGGUAGGUGUUGGGGGACCUCGCCGCCUGGCAGGCGACCAAGAUGACAACGGACCCCAGAACAACGGAAGGACAAACCAUGUUCGGUCGCGGCUCUUAGAAGAAUGCAUGGCUCUCCAGGCAGAGAUGGGUAUUCCAACACAGCAUCUGCAGCAACAUCAAGACGCUGCAGAAGACCCUGAAGAGCAAAUUGCAGCCCUUGCAUGGAUGCUGCACGCAGAGGCCGAAGCUUUUGAACGGAAGUUGCAGGGCGACCAGGGAGCGGUGCCCUUUUCGCCAUGCGUCGCUGGGCCUUCGACCUCAAUGCAAACAUAUGAGGGCAUGCAGCAGCACCAGAAGCUUCCUUGUAUGCUGGAGCGGAGCCACGGCCAGCAGUUCCCUGUAACGCAGCAACUAGAGGUGGGUGCGCAGACAAGGCUACCGCAGCUGCUGCACCCAGGGCAGCAGGAGGACCUGCACCUGCGGGCUCAGAAACAGGUGAAACUGAGGGAUUGUGACAAGCUGCAAACGGAGCAACAGCAGCAACUGGAACGGGGGGGACCGCAGCAGAUGCAACUGGCAGCCAUGGAGGCGCGGUUGCCAGUACGCGCACACCAGGAACGGCAACUGGGGGCACAGCAGCUGCACAUGGGGAUGCAGCAGCAGACACCUUUUGACAAGCAGAAGCAGGUGCAUCUAGGAGCGCAACAACCGCACAUGGGGGCGCCACAUGUGCCGCAGCUGGAGGCGCAGCAGCUGCUGCUGCUGCUAGGAAUGCAGCAGCAACUGGAGCUGGGGGAUCAGCAGCACCGUCCCUUUGGGGAGCAGGGGGGGCUGCAUGUGGGAGUGCGUGUGGAGACCCCCUUUGUAGAGCAGCCCCCAAGUGGUACGGAGCAGCAGCACAACGGGCUGCAGCAUGUGUUCCACUUAGGAGAAGCUCGCAUGCCGCAGGAGCAGCUGCUGCCUUCAGUGCAGGGAAAUCUGCACCUGAGGCCGCAGCAGCAGCCUUACCUCGGGCCAGAGCAGCUGCAGCAGGGUCAGCCUAGUUUGGAUGUGUCAACACAUUCUGCGCUUCACAGGCCUUUAUACGCGAAUCAGGGUUCAAUUGACGAUGUGUUUUUAAAAUUGCCUGUACACCCUGAGGUGGUCGCGCCGAGGUCCACUGCAGGGGACGGACAUUCGCGUUUUGAAUUAGAGAUGAGUGGACGCCCAAGCAAGCCAGAGGUUGUUCCCCUUGCAUUGAAGCAGACGUCUGCACAACAGGGGUUCGAGGCUCCUGGUUCUUCUGCUCACGCUUGGCUGCCUGCAUCUUCGCUUUCGUUGCAGCAGCUGAGAGGGUUGGAGGUGGAAUUGUCUGUCCACCCUGGAGGUGCAGGGGCAGCUCCACCUAGCGUUGUGGAGCAAACACUGCCAGCCGCUUUUUCGUUGAGACCUGAUGACUGGAUUGAGACGAGUGGGAGCUUUGAGGGGAAAGACAGCGAGGAGGAGCUUGGAGCACAGGAAGGUUCGGGGCAAGCAAGGACAUCUACUGAGCACCCGCUGGCUUCGAGCAGCAGCAGCAGCAGCAGAGAAGGCCCCAGCAGCUUGGUGCCUGACGACAGUGAGGAGGUGGAGACAGACGAGGAGGCGUGCGAGGCAGCGGUGAGCAGCAGCAGCAGAAGUAACAGCAGGUUUUCGGGAAGCAGCAAGGCACAGAGAGGCAGCACGAUCACGAGUAUCAUGAGCAGCAGCAUGAGCAUCGUGGAAGAUGUGAAGACUCGCAGCAGUGGGCUAGACGUGCAGCAACACCCUUACUUGCACCUACCUGCAUUAGAACCCAAUGUUGUCCCCCGCAAGCUAAACCCCGCAGUGGUGUUUGGGCAGAUGCGGCGGGGGUUCUCAGCACACGCACAGUUGUUAGUUGUUCGUGAGCUUCUGAAGAGGGCGUCUUUGAAUCAAGAGGAAGCAGACACGCUGAUGUAUUGUGUGGAGAUCAUGGCGAACGGGAUCUUCCGCAAGGCGCGCUUCUCCUCAAGGCACUUGAAAGUUGUUGCUGCAGCACCUGCUCUGGGCAUGCGCUUCCUGGUGUUUGACAGCAUUAUUUGCGCUGUGCAGGUCUUGGGAGACGCAAUGCAACUCCACCUCUGGUGGAGACGAUUCGCUUCCAUGUUUAGAACCGACUAUUCCUUUCAAUGCUCCGGCAACCGCCCUCGCAGGCGCGCCAUCUUUAGCACUGUCCUCGCAAACCGCCUCCUAGAGGCCCUGGCAGUCUACAAAACUGGAAAAAGACCGGAGGACAAAGAAGUUCUUGUCCUCAAGAGACUCCUUUUUCUGUCUCCCUUGACACCCAUCAGAUUCAGGGGCCCUCAGUGGGACCCGUGGAGAGAAGACGACGAAGCGUUCCUGCGCUCCCAGCUGGUGCCCUAA